AUGGCCGGUCUCCACUAUCGUAUGACCUUCAUUGACCAACUUGCGGAGUCACAGGUUGAGGUACGAUCCAAAAGCUCACCACCAGUGUUGAAGAGGCGGAAACAAGACGAAAAUGUCCUUGAAAUUCUGCGCGACAAGAAGCAAUUGACAUUGCAGGUGUCGAAGCUGGAAAAGAGAUCUCAAAGGCUUUCUUCAAAGACUUCGAACACCUCGUCGAAUGCCUUGAUUUCCCAUCGCAGUCACAUGUUCUCAGCGGGAAGCUAUGGCCAUCCCGACAUUUGCUGCAGACCAUGCAUUCUCUUCCUGCAUGGGCAUUGCAAGCAUGCAGGACAUUGCGGUUUCUGCCACGUUGCUCAUGAAGAGCACAUGCCCACGCUGGACAAGCACAGCCGUGAGUUUCUGAAGGAUCUACCUGAGCUUUCCUUCAUGGAGAUGGUUCUACCCUAUUUUCGCAAACGUGUCGAGAAUACUGAAUUUCCUGGAGCUGAGAGGAUUCUUCAGCUCCUUGAGAGUGAGAUGACCAUCCGUGACACCACGGGCAUCAGGGUGCAAAGGAUUCCACAUAAGAUUCGAUACGUGGUGGAGCGCAUGAGCUUAGGACGUCUUGUGAGUUUGGUCUGUUCAACACUUCGACGAGGCAAAUUUCCAAAGCUCAUGUCAAACGAGCUUAAGGCCUUGCGCCAAACUGCCAAGACUUUGACUUCUUGA